AGGAAGAGGAGGAGGAAUAGGGGGAAUCCGGACGUCUGAGUCCCCGCGGCGAUGCAUGGAGGCUGCUUGGAAAUGCUCCCGGGGUCUCCGGAGCGCAUGAGGCGGUUCCAGCCGACCGACGCGCUGCAGAACCGGGGGGGUCCGGCCGCUGAUCCGCAGCUCCUCCAAGCUACCACUCCAUAGUUUCGGCUACAGGAGCACGCUUCGGCUCGGUAUCCACGGAGCGGAGGCAUAUAUCUGGGAGCCCAAAGGCUGCAUCACGUCCUGGCGUCGCAGUGGUGGUGGAUUACCGUGUGAAGCGUCGGGGUGGCGUCUAUGCCAUUUUUAUCUCGACUUUUCAUUUGAUCAUGAGCACAGAGGAGGGAGAGGCGGGUCCAGCGUGUGGGGAGGCGAGGGGAGGCACCACCAUCACCCACCGCCACACCUGGGAGGAAAGCGAGCCGCACGGCUCCCAAGGACGUCGGAGCCCCGACGACGACGAGGCGGAGCGGGGAGAGGAGGGAGAGGGCUGCCGGGAGAGCCGGAGCUGCAGGGAUGCGUGUGACGGGGACGACGCGGGGACUUUCUCCAGCGAGGACGGAGCGGUCGGGGGCAGACCGGGCAAAGAGCAGACGAUGCAUUCAAACUGCAGCAGCGAAACCUGCAUCCCCACUCCCAGCUGUCGGAUCUGCUUCCAAGGCGCUGAGCAGGGCGACCUGCUGAACCCGUGUCGGUGUGACGGCUCGGUGCGUUACACCCACCAGCACUGCCUGCUGAAGUGGAUCAGCGAGCGAGGCUGCUGGACCUGCGAGCUCUGCUGCUAUCGCUUCCACAUCAUCGCCAUCAACCUGAAGACACCUUGGCAGUGGCAGUCCAUCACCAUCACCCUGGUGGAGAAGGUGCAGAUCAUCGCCGUGUUCCUGGGCUCUCUCUUCCUGGUGGCCAGCAUCUCCUGGCUGCUGUGGUCAGCUCUCAGCCCGCAGGCCAUCUGGCAGCGCCGCGACGUCCUCUUCCAGAUCUGCUACGGCAUGUACGGCUUCAUGGACCUGGUCUGCGUAGGCUUGAUUGUCCACGAGGGGGCAGCGGUGUACAGCGUCUUCAUGCGCUGGCGAGCCGUCAACCUCCACUGGGACGUCCAGAGCUACAAUAAAGCAAAGGACUUGGAGGAGACGAGCACCGGCCAUUCCUCGCUGGCCCCCAGGACACUUUGGUUGCCUCUGGCCACUUUUGGGCCCGACGGGCCCGUGCGUCCCACCCAGCUGGGGCCGCAGCCGUGGACCUGCCUCUGUUUGGCCCCCUUCUGUCCCGGCCUGGUGCCCCGAAGCAACCUCAGCCAGGACAGUGACUCAGGAGAGGUUGUCAUUCGUGUGACAUCGGUGUAAAACCAGGCGGCAUUUAUGCAGGAACACCUGGUGGUAACAAUAUAACAAUAUGGGCUUCUUCUGGGCAGUUUAUAAUAUUCAACAAUCUGUUGUUUUGGGGUUUUUCUGCAGAUUUUUUCAAUGUUUUCCGAAUGAGUUAGAAUCGGUUGUCUGCUCUGGGGCUGGUCCCCCAAAACGAUCUCAACAGUUAAAUGAACUCACGUGUGGUGUCUCUGUCUCUGUGUUUUAUUAUUUAUAUUAUUAACCACAAUCACCUUUCUUCCUUUCUUUUUCCUGAACAUUGUGCAGCAUUGACGUCAUGUGGGGAAGAAAGUCGUGAUGGGAAAGAUGAUCAGAUUUAUAACUCGUGACCAUUCACAUCAUCACUCAGCUCAUGAUGGUUUAGGACUGCAGAGUUGUCUGUGUGAGAGGUAAAGGAUGCUGUGCUUGGUCGACCUCAUGCACUACAUGCCGUACAUUUGGUUUAAUGUGUACUGAUGUGUAUCUGUACAUUUAUACAAAGUUUACAAGAAAGAAAAAUGGAGUAAAUGUUCAGUUGGUACGCCUCCAACUUCCUAAAAUAAAUAAAUCAUGGAAUCACUUGGGCUCAACUGGAGGUCCUUGGUACUAAAUUAUCAGAAUAUUACAGGUCUGUAAAAUAAUGCUAGUCACCCAGUGAGGCUGUAAAUACAUUUAAACAUCAGAAAACAAUAGCUGGACAGCUAUCAGUAGGAAACACCAUCACAGCUCUAAGAAUGACUUCACCUUCUCUCUGUUAACAAUUGGAUAUGAAGCACGAUGCGUUUGCUGACAUUUGAACAUUCAACUUCAUGAAAUAGAACUCCAUUUACAAUCUGCUCCACUGUUGUCAUCAUCGCUUAUCCUAAAAUAUGACUCCAAACUGCUGAGGUACGAGAGGUUAACGUCACUUUGCCAAAAAGUUGAAUUGGUUGUUGUUGUAUCGGAGUAGAUUUAUUUAAAGUAUAAGUACAUGAGCAGAAUACUGGCGUCGGUAUCGGUACAUCCCUGCUGGCAAAUCUUCCGAACCAGAAAAUCCGCUCACAUGAAGACAAUAUCGAGCUAAAACAAGUAAAACAAACUGAUUAUCUGUCUGAUUAUCUGAUUAUCAGGCUGACUGAGCGGGAUAUUGGCUGUUCGCGGCUAAUAAAGACACUUUACUCUUCAUGUCCUUCAGGACGCAGGACUCAGAGAUUAAACAGAUUGUAAAUGAGCACAAAACCAACUGAUGUCAGACAGAUGUUGAGGUUUCAGUUUCACUCAACAAUGCAAGCGGCAAAUAUGGACGUUUUCUGUCAUUUUUUAACUUGAUACUCGGAUGACUCGGCCGUUAAAGAUUGUGGGUUUUAAUCUGUCUGUCUGUCGUUCUGUUGAGCUUCCAGCAGCCCUGUGGUGUUUGGGUUGUGGGGUUUUUGAGGUUUGUGGUUGUGUUGUCGACCCGAGGUCAUUUUGGAUUUGUUGUUUUUUUGGUGCCUUCGGAGGCUGUAAAUGACGUGUCAGUGCUCAGCACAGAGACGACUUGAAUGUGACUUUUGCUGUUGGCUGUAUUUCUAUUUCUUUUGGAUGUAACAUGGAUGUGAUGUAUAAAGAAUAU